CGUGUCUGCCCGUGUUAACAUGGGUCACCACAGGAGAGUUUCCCCACAGAUGGCACCACCGACCUAGCAGACGACACGUUCGUCCGGAUCCAUGGCUGUGGCUUUGCCUACCCAUGUUUUCUUUCAACAGUACUCUUUACAUUUUAAAUAAUCACUUUUUGUUGAUAUAGUAAAGGUGAAGUGUUACCCGGGUGUGGGUGGGUAGGCAGAAAACUGAUGGCAAGUAUGUGGCGCAGAAUGAAAAUUAGAUAUGACGUAAUACACGAACACCACUUGGAUUUAUUUACGUCUGCUUGGCAUAAAAGGUAGUGACUGGCAUAGUAGACUAAAUGACUGGUUGCUGAAACCUCUAAUUCAACGCCUGCUGCUCAUCUACCCUAGUCAUCAACCUGAAUUGUGAUGCAUUAGUUAAGAAUGAGGCGCAGCGGCCCUGGAGGGGGCGGGGGAGCAGGGGGAUUUAGUAAGCCUCCACCUGCUCCCCUUACACAUGGAGGGUCUAGUCGGGUGCGACUGCACACUCCCGAGGUCAAUGGCUCUCUUGGCAAAGAUAGAUUUGGGUCACCACGAGAAAGGUCUCCAAGCCUUGUAAGCAGUUUGCCUCUGUCACCUUCUCACCCAAGCAGUAGAGAAAAGUCCCCAAACCCUGCCUCCCAGGACCUGCAUGACUGCUCCAUGUGUCUUUCAGCCUAUAUUCAGAGUCUCAACACUGUGUGUGGAACUGCAUGUCGGCUGUCUCAGUGUUUGGCACAAGUUUCUUCAGAGUCUGGAUUUGUGGACUCCUAUGGUAAUAGCAGUCAGGGUGCUUCACAGCCUGUACGUGAAGCAGCAGAUGCCUGGGAGGGAGUAGCACGUGCGGUUGGAGUAGCCAGUGCAGCAGUUAAGACACAGAUGUUGAUGCUGUUACAGGAGGUUCAGUCACGUCAAGAUUUGUCAGAAAAUAUUAGGAGGCAAGAAAUUAAUAGAGUCACUCAAGCAAUGCUGUCUGCUUUUCUUGGGCUACAGUACCAGUUCUCAGCUGUGGUUAUUGAGCGUUUCACUGGCAUCCUUCAGGCACUUCGUGAAGAAAGUCUUUGUGCUUCUCCUCAGAAUUCAGCUGGAUUUCAGAUAAGCAAACCUUGUCAUCCAUCAAUAUCAAGUCAUGUUGCUGACAUUUCCCAACUUUCUGUAUCUAGUCAGUAUAUUCCACAACUUCCAAUUCAGCCAGCUUGGAUUCCUGGUCAACAACAACAACAACAACAACAACAACAACAACAACAACAGCAGCAACAACAGCAACAACAAGUUGGUAUGAAGGGUGUGCAAGGCGUGCCUGCAGCACCUCUACUGGAGAGCCCUGGGAAGGAAGAUAAACCACGGAGUCGGCACCCUUCUGGUGGUCACUCUCGGCACUCAAAUGCUGCUCCUGGCUGGUCCAACCCAAGCAGUAGUGUUGGUUGUCCGAAUACCACAAAUUAUGGUUCUAAUUCAAAUUAUGGCUCUAGUCUUAGCCUUAGUAUAAACAGUGGCAAUACCCUCUCUCCUGGUUCAUGUUAUGGACUGUUUUCACAUUUAAAUGGGGGUGGGUCUGGCUGGCAGAGCGAUGCCAUAUCUCGGAGAUGGUCGAUGGGAGGGCCUAGUACAGAAGGAUGGGAAAGAAACUCUAGUUUGGGGCCAUUUAGUUUAAUUGCAAAUAGACGAUGGUCAGUGCCGGAGGCCAGUGAACAUGAUGUGAGUUCUAUGAGUGAAGCAGAUUCCGUAACUGACUUUUAUGGAAGUUGUAGCCUUCAAGGGGAUUGGAAUGGGACCAUAGGUGGCAGCACAUCUUGGGGCUCCAGAGCUGGACUACACGUACCUUCACGAGAUAGUAGUGUAACAAGAAGCCCCAGUCACAGUCGCUCUGUUACUCCAGAUCCUGUACGACAAGGCUCAUUUAUCAGUAAUGAAGAACUGCAGGAGGUUAUAGACCUUCUCUCUCUUCCUCUCACCACUGAUUCUAAUAUUGCUGAGACUGAAGUGGUUAGUGAUGGAGGAAGUAAUGCUGGCGGGGGAGGAGGGAGUAUUGAAGGCAAUGUGGGUGGAGGGUCUAUUAGUGGAAAUGGUAAUAAUAGUGGCGGUUGUGUUGGAGGUGUAGUAGUACCAGGGGGAGGGGAAGGUAGCAUUGGGGGUGGUGGUGGCAGCAGCAGCAGUAGUAGUAGUGGUGGUGGUGGUGGUGGUGGUGGAGGAACGGGGAGUGUAAGUAGAGGAGGGAGUGGAAGUAGAAAAAGUGGCGGUACUCGAGGAGCAUCCCCAGUAGGUCUCAGCCCAACUCACCACCCCUCCAUAACUCAACUCUUUGAUGAAGCCAGCAAACAGCAAAAACAACAACAGUUACAGCUAAAAACACAGCAGCAGCAACAAAGGCAGUCACCACCAAAUGCCCAACCUCCACAAAAGUCUCUAAAACAGGUACAACAGCAGCCACCACCACCCCAACAACAACAGUAUCGUGAGCAGCUACAGCAACCAUUGCAGUAUCAACAGCAGCAGUACCCACAGCAACAUUCUCAACAGUCACCCCAACCACCCCAACAUCAACAGUAUCAACAACUCCCAGCGAGCAAGAGCUGUGCUACACCACAUCAUUCUUUGGGAGACGUUGUGGUUGAAGCCCCAGAAAGUAACAGUCAAGUCAGCACCCCACUCUGGCCCCCAUCAGGAAUUGCACCAGGAGUGACGCUUACUGAAUGCUCUAGUGGAGAGGAGAAGCCUACCUUGCCACUGUGGACAGAUGGGAUUGGCUGUGAGCGGAGAAGUACCACCUGCCAUGGACGUGAUGCACCAAACAGAGCAUCGUGGCCUGCAGCUUCUACACUGCUAUGGGCUGGACUUGAUGGACUGACUAGUGAGGGUGAAGGUGAGGAAGGGAGCACCAUGUCCCCCAUGGGUCUGCCACAGUAUCGCCGCCACUCCACUGACACAACCCAUUUGAAUCUGAACUCAGUGUCUCCACUGAUUGCAAAAACCAGAAGCACUGACAACAUAACUGUGGGGAGUGAUGGCAGUAGUGGUAAGACUGGUUGUUUAGACAGUAAUUUACAGCAUCUUCUGCUGCUUAAUUCCAUCCUGCCAGCAUCAUCGCCUCCAACACCAACAUCACAAUACUCUCUCUUCAGCUCCACCACCUGAGCUAAUGUGCUUCUCCAGUGAUUCAUUAGAUUAUCAGUUAUCACUAGGUUACUGGGCCACCAAUGACCUUUUGUCCAAGUUUGUUUUCCUGUCUGUUCACUUCUUUAAAAUUGCAGUUUCAGUAGUGAGAGUUCUUAGAGUAAAGUGCACACUGGUUCAUAGUGGCUUUUCCAUAUUAUGGUUUUUAGAAACAUAUCUUUUCUAAUACAGUAUAUGGUAUUUGCCAAAAUAUAUGAACUCUUUUAAUUUAUUUUAGAUUACCGUGUGUAUCAGAUUUUGAUAGUUGUAUUCAAUGGUGGUUUUGCUUGCAAAAUCAAUGAAUGUAAAUGUGAAAACUUUGUGUCUUGCAUUCAGACAAAGUAGCACAGAUAAACUCUCUUUUACCUGUUCACGUACUGUUGGUAAAAUGUGAACUCACUCAGGUGGUAAGGAGGUCCUUAACUUUGAACAUACAAUAAAGUCAUCUGCUUAGGAUUAGGGCAUUUACCAAAUCUAGAAAUACUGUAGUGCUUGAAAAUGGCUGAUGUGGAGCAUCGCCAAACUGAAGUACUCACUCACGUGGGACAUCACAGUUUUGUUUUCCUGUUAAUAAUUUUGUUGUGCAAUGGUCCGCCCACAAUGUAAUUUUAAAAUGUUGAAAAAAAUAUUCCAGGUCCAUGGCUGGUCCCAGUAUAUAGCCUGGCUUUUUAAGAGGAGCUUAAGUGCUCUUCUUUUUUGCUCUCCUUCAUAAAGUUUCUAUACCUUGUUACUAACUCCAGGAAAGUUGACUCAUUACUCUUUACAAGAGUAGUGUUGAUCAUGGAAGGUACUAUGGCAAAUGUUUUAGACAUAACUCAUAUGGCUCUGUCAUAGUUCUAUAUAUUACACAGGUAUUAAACACAGCACUGGUAGGUGCAAGCAGAGUA